GGCCGAGCGCACAUCCUCUUAUCACCGCGAGGUGCGGCUGUGCCUGAAGCAGUAGCACCGGGUCUUCUGAGAUUGCUGCUUCGGAAUCGUGCUUUCUUCUCUCGUCCCCCUCCCCAAAGGAGUACCCUCCCCUUCACCCCACACUUGGAGUAGCGUGAACUUCCCGCCUGAGGACUAUAAAGACGAAGUAGUUUGAAAAUGGAGAACCAAGAACCAGCGGAUCCUCCUCAAAAUACCAAACAGUCUAUUAUUUCAGAGGAGUUAAUUUCAGAAGGAAAAUGGGUCAAGCUUGAGAAAACAACAUACAUGGAUCCUACUGGUAAAAUAAGAACUUGGGAAACUGUGAAACGUACAACCAGGAAAGGACAGUCGGCUGAUGGUGUGGCGGUCAUCCCAGUGCUGCAGCGCACGCUUCACUACGAGUGCAUUGUUCUGGUGAAGCAGUUCCGACCGCCGAUGGGAGGCUACUGCCUAGAGUUCCCCGCAGGUCUCAUCGAUGAUAACGAGAGCCCGGAGGCAGCCGCUCUUCGGGAGCUUGAGGAAGAAACGGGCUAUAAAGGUGAUGUUGCAGAAUGUUCUCCAGCUGUGUGUAUGGAUCCAGGUUUGACAAACUGUACCACACACAUCGUGACAGUAACUAUUAACGGAGAUGAUGCUGAAAACGUGAGACCUAAGCCAAAGCCAGGAGAUGGAGAAUUUGUCGAAGUAAUUUCCUUACCAAAGAAUGACCUGCUCAAGAGACUGGAUGCUCUGGUAGCGGAAGAACAUCUGACCGUGGACGCCAGGGUCUACUCCUACGCUCUGGCACUGAAACAUGCAAACACAAAGCCGUUUGAAGUGCCUUUCCUGAAGUUUUAAGGCCAAAGGACAGUAGCCAUGUUUUUAUAAAUAAGACCAUCAGGCCUUCUUCACUAAGACUUUGUAUUCAGCUUAGCGUCCUGUAGACUUGAAAUUAGCUUUUUUUCAUUAAAUAAAAGCAAUACGGAAUA